AUGGCGGAGGCUGCAGCUCCCGGAACAACAGCCACAACAUCAGGAGCAGGAGCGGCAGCGGCGGCGGCGGCGGCCUCCCCCACCCCUAUCCCCACAGUCACCUCCCCGUCCUCGGGGGCGGGGGGCGGGGGAGGAGGCGGCGGCGGCGGCGGCGGCGGCGGCGGCGGCUGGACUAAACAGGUCACCUGCAGGUAUUUCAUGCACGGGGUUUGUAAAGAAGGAGAUAACUGUCGCUAUUCGCAUGACCUCUCUGACAGUCCUUAUGGUGUAGUGUGCAAGUAUUUUCAGCGAGGAUACUGUAUUUACGGAGACCGCUGCAGAUAUGAACAUAGCAAGCCAUUGAAACAGGAAGAAGUGACUGCUGCAGAUCUAACUGCAAAAUCAUCUCUUGCUGCUUCCUCAAGUCUCUCAUCGGGAGUUGGACCAGUUGUUGAAAUGAAUAUGGGUGAAGCAGAGUCCAGAAAUUCAAACUUUGCUACUGUCGGUGCAGGUUCAGAAGACUGGGUGAAUGCCAUUGAGUUUGUUCCCGGGCAGCCCUACUGUGGCCGUACUGCCCCUUCCUGCACUGAAGCACCCCCACAGGGCUCUGUGACCAAGGAAGAAUCUGAGAAAGAACAGACAGCAGUGGAAACCAAGAAGCAGCUUUGCCCCUAUGCUGCAGUGGGAGAGUGCCGGUAUGGGGAGAACUGUGUAUAUCUCCACGGAGACUCGUGUGACAUGUGUGGGCUGCAGGUCCUCCAUCCAAUGGAUGCCGCCCAGAGAUCACAACAUAUAAAAUCUUGCAUUGAGGCCCAUGAGAAGGACAUGGAGCUCUCAUUUGCUGUCCAACGCAGUAAGGACAUGGUGUGUGGGAUCUGCAUGGAGGUGGUCUAUGAGAAAGCCAACCCCAGUGAGCGUCGCUUUGGGAUUCUCUCCAACUGCAACCACACUUACUGUCUCAAGUGUAUUCGCAAGUGGAGGAGUGCUAAGCAAUUUGAGAGCAAGAUCAUAAAGUCCUGCCCCGAAUGCCGGAUCACAUCUAACUUUGUCAUUCCAAGUGAGUACUGGGUGGAGGAGAAAGAAGAGAAGCAGAAACUCAUUCAGAAAUACAAGGAGGCAAUGAGCAACAAGGCGUGCAGGUAUUUUGAUGAAGGACGUGGGAGCUGCCCAUUUGGAGGGAACUGUUUUUACAAGCAUGCGUACCCUGAUGGCCGUAGAGAGGAGCCACAGAGACAGAAAGUGGGAACAUCAAGCAGAUACCGGGCCCAACGAAGGAACCACUUCUGGGAGCUCAUUGAGGAAAGAGAGAACAGCAACCCCUUUGACAACGAAGAAGAGGAGGUUGUCACCUUUGAGCUGGGCGAGAUGUUGCUUAUGCUUUUGGCUGCAGGUGGGGACGACGACCUGACAGACUCUGAAGACGAGUGGGACUUGUUUCAUGAUGAGCUGGAAGAUUUUUAUGACUUGGAUCUAUAGCAGCUUUGCUUGGCGUGUGAACUGGUCUGCUGAGCCUCAGACAGUAGCUGUCCCCUGUGCUGGUGUGGCAGUGCCCGUGUCUCUCCUAGGCAGGCCUAUCAACUCCAGGUGCUGUCGUGAUUAUUUUUACCCAGGGCCUGUCUUCUCAAUCCCUCACCUUCCCCCAAGGAGUGUGUCGUUUUUCUGUUUAAAAAAAAGUUACAAAAAUAAACCUUAAAGCUAGUUGUUUUUGUAACAUGAAUUUAACUGUCAGACAGUUAGCAUAGUUUUGUUGCGUCAUCUGUUUUCAACCAGAUUCACACAGUUAGUUCUAGGGUAGUUUAUGGACUCUCCACACUCAACUUUGAGGACCCCAGGUUCAAAAAUAAAUAACAGCAGUGGCCCUACGUUGGGGUCCAAGAAUAGAGGUGACCAGUGACGGAUCAGAACUGUGGCAAGUAGCAUGCUACAGACUCACAAGGUGGAUACUCGAGGUUUCUGUUGAAAUCUGCACAUCUGUGUUUUAUCUCUUCCUUCCCCUGUAACCCCCACCUGUGCACUUGUUCUGUGGUUUUCGUCUCUUGUUUAAUUGCACAGAAGUAAUACUACUGGGUAACCAGAACCAGGUGCGAAUGUGUUGAGUUUUACUGUGUUUAGCACGAUAGGAAAAUUGGUGAAAGAACACAUAAAAAUAAGACACAGUGGCAUAAAUGAAAUGCUGAGCUGGAAGUGGACUUCUAAGGGCUGAUAGACUUGGCGUGUAUGAGUGUGAAUGUGUGAUAAGCUUCUUGUCCCUGCAUAGAUGCUGUGUUCUUAGCCUUAGUGGAAAAACUCGAGUUAGUGGUUUCAGCCUAGUGUGGCUAAUAGAUUGUAAAGGACAAAACAGUAUAUUGGUAGCUGUAAAUAGAGCAGUGCUAGCUCUGUCUAUAUAUAGAGAGAAAUGGGCUUAGCCACAGAGGUUUAAAACUGUCUGGUUGUCCCAUAUAUUAACAAAAAGCAGGGCUUGGAUACACAGUUGUAUUUAAUGUUUAAUGGUCUCCCAGCCUUUCCAGCCCAGGCACUUUUGGACAAAUGUUUGUCCUUGUUUGAGGUUUUGUUGUCGGGUUUUUGUGUUUGUUUUUGUGGGUAUUUGCCUCAUUCCAUCCCUGAGCUUCGCAGGUAGACAGAUGUGAUUCCUAACUUAAGUUUAAGGUGUUUCUUGUAGUGGAGUCAUUGGUUGGCAGGAGUUAAGUCAUGCUUUUCCAGUAAAGGGGCGGGGGGGCGGGGGUGGUUAUCCACGAGAUGAGCUAAAGUUAAGUUAGAAGAAUUUGAUUGGAAAUUCUUGAUUGGAAAUUUUAGCUUUGAGUUUUGUCUCUCUAGUCCUAAAAUAAACUUGGAAGAUGCUCCUCAUUUGUCCAUCUUCUGCUUUGAUCCUUGGAUCCCACCCAUUCUUCCACUUUAAGAAAAAACGAGUAAUUGUUGCAGAGGUCUCUGUAUUUUGCAGCUGCCCUUUUGUAAGAAGCACUUUUCCCAAAUAAAAGAAUAAAAAAACCA